CUUUCCAGAUGGGUAAAACAGUACAGGGUCGUCUCGAAUUAGCUCUCUGGCCCGUUUUAUUUCCCCGAUCACGUUAUUGAAAUAGUCCUCCGACGUAAAAAUGUCGGUGGCCCUUGGCUUGUGUGAAACCCCGGGAUGCAAUGCGCUCGCCAGUUUGCAGUGUCCAACUUGUUUAAAGCUUGGUAUCAAAGGGGCUUACUUCUGCACCCAGGAUUGUUUCAAAGGUAGUUGGAAAACACACAAAGUUAUUCAUCAACUUGCAAAAGGAGAAAAUGGAAACAAAUCAUCUGAUGAGUACAAUCCGUGGCCUUCUUAUCAUUUUACUGGAAAAUUGCGCCCAUACAAGAGGGAGCCUCUACGUCAAGUUCCUGAAUCUAUUGGCCGUCCAGAUUAUGCUCUUCAUCCUACUGGGAUUCCAUUGAGCGAACAAGCAGUUAGAGGUUCUGCGCAGAUCAAGGUCCUUAAUGAUGAAGAGAUAGAGGGCAUGAGAGUAGCAUGCAAGCUUGGUCGGGAAGUUCUGGACGAAGCUGCACGCGCUUGUGACGUGGGGGUGACGACUGCUGAAAUAGACAGAGCAGUCCACGAAGCAUGUAUUGAAAGAGACUGUUAUCCUUCACCCUUAAAUUACUACCAAUUUCCGGCAAGUUGUUGUACUUCUGUUAACGAAGUAAUUUGUCAUGGUAUUCCCGAUACAAGACCUCUCCAGGAUGGUGACAUUUGCAACGUGGACGUUACGGUUUACCACAACGGCUUCCAUGGAGACCUUAACGAAACCUUCUUCGUGGGUAAUGUCAAGCCGGAGAUCAAGAAACUGGUUGAGGUCACAUACGAGUGUCUUCAAAAAGCUAUAGACAUUGUCCGACCUGGGGAGAAGUACAGAGAGAUUGGCAACGUAAUCCAAAAACAUGCACAGGCUCAUGGAUUCAGCGUCGUGCGUAGCUACUGCGGUCACGGGAUUCAUCGUCUCUUUCAUACCGCACCAAAUGUUCCACACUACGCCAAGAACAAGGCUGUGGGCGUGAUGAAGCCUGGACACAGCUUCACCAUCGAGCCAAUGAUAUCACAGGGCAAUUGGCGUGACGAGAUGUGGCCAGACAAUUGGACUGCCGUUACCUCAGACGGACAGUGGUCAGCUCAGUUCGAGCAGACCCUUCUGGUGACAGAGACAGGCUGUGACAUCCUCACGAAGCGUUUCAGCAAAAAUGGUCAACCUCACUUUAUGGAUAAGAUUUAGUGGCGCCCGCGUUGUGGCUGCGUACCGAAUUAUGGCAACUGCAGUGACGACGUGACAGGUUUUCUCGAUUGAAACAAUUAAAUUUACAGUCUUAGACGAAGUUGCGAAUCACGCACAGUGGAAGCCAAAUUUGAUAACCUUUUUGAAUAGCGCCGAAGUAAAUUGCGUAUUUGAAAAGACAAGAUAUAUUUUACAAGCCUAUUGAUCCAAGCGAUAACAUUAUUUUGAGUAUAUCUAUGUAUUUCCGGACUUGAAGCGUCGAUAAAAUCAUGGAAUGGACUGUGUGAGACCCGAGGAGGGUUGAUCUUCAGACGUGACAUCAAAGCGUCGGAUGAAACAAUCUCAUUAAACUCUGUACCAUAAU